UAAUAUUGCAGAACACACUGUACAGAAAGAAGCCGCGGAUUUGAUUUUACGCUGCUAGCAAGUUAGCACUCACUUGUGUUUGUGCACUGUUGUUAUGCAACAUUUUCUACCGUCUCUGAUAAUGAAACUGUUUUGAUAGCCAGGGCCAAAACUCCAGGGACAUAAAAAUGAAUCUCGACAGACUUCGAAAGCGAGUAAGGCAGUACAUUGACCAGCAACAAUAUCAAAGUGCUCUCUUUUGGGCCGACAAGAUAGCAUCCCUCUCUCACGAGGAUCCCCAAGACAUUUACUGGCUUGCUCAGUGCCUUUACUUGACCUCACAGUACCACAGAGCCUCCCAUGCCCUCCGUUCGCGGAAACUUGACAAGUUGUAUGGAGCAUGUCAGUAUCUUGCUGCUAGGUGCCAUUAUGCUGCCAAAGAGUUCCAGCAGGCCUUGGAUAUCUUGGAUGCAGAGGAGCCAGCUAGUAGGAAGCUGUGGGACAGGAGCAUGAAAGAGGACAACACGACAUCAGAGUCAAACAAGGACUGGGACAUGUCUCCUGCCUCUGUCAGCAGCUCCAUCUGCCUCCUGCGGGGUAAGAUCUAUGAUGCCAUGGACAACCGACCACUGGCCACCUCCAGCUACAAAGAGGCCUUGAAACUGGAUGUCUACUGCUUUGAAGCCUUUGACCUUUUAACGUCCCACCACAUGUUGACAGCGCAGGAAGAGAAAGACUUCCUUGACUCACUUCCUCUGAGUCAACAGUGCACUGAGGAGGAGGAGGAGCUGUUACACUUCCUGUUUGAGAAUAAGUUAAAGAAGUAUAACAAGCCCAGUGAUUUGGUGGUGCCAGAGAUGGUCAAUGGACUUCAAGACAAUUUGGAUGUAGUGGUGUCUCUUGCAGAGAGGCAUUAUUAUAACUGUGAUUUCAAGAUGUGCUACAAACUCACAUCAACGGUGAUGGUCAAAGACCCUUUCCAUGCCAACUGUUUACCAGUCCACAUAGGAACUCUAGUAGAGCUCGGGAAAUCAAAUGAGUUAUUUUACCUCUCACACAAACUUGUAGACCUGUAUCCCAACAACCCGGUGUCCUGGUUUGCUGUCGGCUGCUACUAUCUCAUGGUUGGCCAUAAAAACGAACACGCUCGGCGAUACCUCAGCAAAGCCACCACGCUGGAGAGGACGUAUGGUCCUGCAUGGAUUGCCUAUGGACAUUCGUUUGCAGUGGAGAGUGAGCAUGACCAAGCAAUGGCUGCCUAUUUCACUGCUGCACAGCUGAUGAAAGGGUGUCACCUCCCCAUGCUCUACAUCGGCCUGGAGUACGGUCUGACCAACAACUCCAAGCUGGCCGAACGUUUCUUCAGCCAGGCUCUUAGCAUCGCUCCAGAGGACCCGUUUGUCAUACACGAGGUGGCCGUGGUUGCCUUUCAAAACGGAGACUGGAAGACGGCAGAGAGGUUGUUUCUCGAUGCAAUGGAGAAGAUCAAAGCCAUAGGGAAUGAGGUAACUGAUUUAAUCAAAAAGGUCACUGUGGAUAAAUGGGAGCCCCUGUUAAACAACCUGGGUCAUGUGUGUCGGAAAUUGAAAAAGUACGACCAGGCGUUGGAGUACCACCGUCAGGCUUUGGUGUUGAUCCCUCAGCACGCCUCCACCUACGCCGCCAUCGGAUACGUGCACAGCCUAAUGGGCGACUUUGAGAGCGCUAUCGACUACUUUCACACGGCACUUGGACUAAAAAGGGACGACACCUUCUCUGUGACCAUGCUUGGCCACUGUAUCGAGAUGUACAUCGGUGACACGGACGCCUAUAUAGGCACAGACAUCAAUGAUAAGGUGCGAGGCAGCCUGAACACUCCUGCACUGAUGAAGAUGCUGAACACCGCAGAGUCCGGGGAGCUCAUGGCCACACCGAGGAUGGAAGACACCAGCAUCACAUCCAUGGAAACGCCACUCUCAAAUCAGGACAAGAUGAUGCUGGAGACGCCACUGCGGCUCUCCUUGACCCUGGAGUGUGACAUGUAUGAGAGUGACGUCAUGUUAGACACCUUGUCUGACACCAGCACGUGAUGUCACCCUGUGUGCAGGUGGAACUGUCGAAGCAACAGGUCGUCAUAGGUACACAUAUCCGAGCCCAAUGAAUAAAACUAAAACUGUGGCACCCGUCAUCCACUAAGGGUUUCCUGUGGAUUCCCCGUCUUGUGCAUUAGAUGUGAUCGUUUCUGUAAGGGUAUGGACAUAGAACACGCCAUUUUGAAUUCUAUGGACAUGACUACAAGUGAGUGAAUUAAGCAAGAAUGCACUUUAAAAGGGGAAUUAACACGAGCCUUGGUAUAGGUUUAGUUUUGAACCUUGGGUUAAGCCUGAAGACGCUGGGAACAUGUGUUUCCUCUGACGCUUGACUGAACGGAGCAAACACAGCCGAACACCUCACAUCAUAAAAAAGACUCGUCACCUAUUAUUACUGCCUAUGGCAGGACCCUCCGUGUUGCUCAACCUGUGGAUUUACACCUUGAAUAAAGAGCCAGCUUAAAUACAAGCAGUUUGAAUUAAAAAAAAUCUUCUUGGUAAUUGAUCAAAUAAACCAUGCAUUUAUCUUAA